UUGGGAGUGAUCCCAAAUAUUCCGUCUCACCUAAUUUUUUUCUCUUCAGAAUGUUCAAAGCCCACGACAUCGCUAAAAAGCAGCAUCGUGAGCGUGCUCAGCCUCAGGCGCGCAAGAAAUGGGGCCUCUUGGAGAAAAAGAAGGAUUACCGGCUUCGGUCGCAGGAUUUCCACCGCAAAGAGGCGCAUCUGGCUCUGCUUCGAUCCAAAGCCCAGCAGGCUAACAAGGACGAGUUCAACUUCAAAAUGGUCAAAGCAAAGACUAACGACGGUGUGCUUGUGGCCUCCAGAGGUGCCGAGGUUCUCAAUGAUGAGCAAGUCAAACUUUUAAAGACUCAAGAUGCAGGAUACCUCCGAACUCUUAUCAAUAAUGAGCAGUCGAAAAUUGAGAAAGCAAAGGCUUCACUGCUCUUAGCAGGCAGCGGCAAGCACACACUAUUUGUCGAAAACGAAGAAGAGCUCGAGAACUUUGACGCAGCUAAACACUUUGAUACAGACAAACGACUCUUACACCGCCGCCAGAACCGUCUUCGAUCCAGCCAGCUUACAGACGUAGACAUUCAGCAGCCAGCUGAGACGUCCCUCAAAGAUCUGCAAACUCUUCAGAAACGUCUUAGUCGCCGAGAAGAGCUGGACCUGGUGCAGCAAGAGCUGGCUCUGCAGCGCGAACUCAUGAAGAAGGGCGACAAAAAGAAGAUUGUCAACAAAGACGGCACCGUGACGUACAAGUGGAAGAAAGUUCGCAAGCGUUAG